UAAAAAAUUUGAAAAGCAUUUUCAUUCAAUUAAAUGAUAUAUGAUACUCACAUGUGGACUUGAAUCUGAGACCUAUCACUUUUGCAGUAAUAUACUAACCAACUUGGAUGCCUCAACAAAGACAUUCUUCUUCAGUUUAAAUUUGAAUUGUAUAUUUGUGGCAGCAGGCAGUGUGUUACAAUGUUGUGCUCCUUCCCAUCAAGCCAUGGAUUAAGCAGUUCAAUAUUUCCUUGAUCUGCAUCGUCAUUGUACCAAUUGAUAGAGAUUCAUCACCAGUCUAAAACGAAGUUUUAUUAGGUUAAGAAUACAUUGGUUCUACAUAAAGGCCUUAUUUCUUUGAUUUGAGUAUGAUAAUAUUUUUAGAAGCUGAAACUUAAUUAAACAUUGUGCCAGGUGAAAUUUGAUCAAAUCUGUGCUUGUUAAAACUUUCCAUUUGAUUUUAUUAGCAUUCAGGCAUUGGACUCCAUCUUGGUGUUAUUUAUUUUGCUUCCCAAUAAUUAACCAAAGUUUUGUCUUGUACAGUCAGAAGAAUUAUGAAUUCUUGUGAUCACUGAUACUUGGUGUGCCUGAUUCAUCACUGUUGGUACUCUGUGUGUCCAUUGCUUGUUAAGUCCUCCCACCAUGAGCGACGAAAGUGUGAAGAUGACAGGGAUCUGGCAGAUAGUAAGACUCAGAGAGAUGCUGCAUAAAUGGCAAUUGGUUGCCCUCAGUAAAAAGGAGGAGCAACCAUGUUCAUCUGGUAUUCCUCCUUCUGUCGACAAGCGCCUAAAGAAUGUGUUGUCCCAAUGUGACUCAGAUGAAGAGAGCUGCCAAAGCCCGCAACCCCCACCUGAUGUCCCCAAGGGUCACUGCCCGGUCUACAUAGGACCAGAGCAGCGGAGGUUCGUCAUACCGACAAGUUACCUGAGCCUUCCAGUGUUUAAACUGCUCCUAGAGAAGGCUGAGGAGGAGUUUGGAUUUGAUCAUCAGGGCGCGCUCAUGAUCCCUUGUGAGGUGGAAACUUUCAAGUAUAUUCUCCUCUGCAUGGAAAGAUAUAAAAAGGGCCUCAUUGAUGAUGAAGGAAAUCCAACAGGCUUAGAGGAAUAGUACUACUUGGACUUGUUUGCAUUCUGCAGUGUCGAAGGCCUGAUUCAUUUACAGUUAAGUGGUUGCCGUCUAAUCAAAGUUAGUGAUUUCUUUUUUGCUAAGACAAAUUUGUUGGAAUCCGAUGUACUCAGUGUAUUGCGUGUAAGGAUUUGAGGUUCAACCUUUUCUGUUUUCCUUCUUCUUCCCUUCUUUUCCUUAUGAAUCAAUGGGUUUGCUGUACUGGUUCUAUACAGUCUCGAGAAAUGAUUCUGUUAACAUGUGACUAUUGUGAUCCUUGGUUUCGA